AUGGUCACGUUCUAUGGCUCUUCACUACUGAAUAGCUCCGUGCCUCCUGGAGAACCCCUGGAAAUUAAAGGUGCCAAGAAGCCUGGCCUUGUUACCAAAAGUGGACUUGUUCUUUUUGGUAACGAUGGAAAAGCACUGAUGGUGAGAAAUCUACAGUUUGAAGAUGGGAAAAUGAUUCCUGCCUCUCAGUACUUUUCAGUGGGUGAGACCUCAGUGGUAGAACUUACAGCCGAAGAGAUGAAGGUGGCGGAGACCAUCAAGGUCAUCUGGGCUGGAAUUUUAAGCAACAUUCCUGUUAUUGAAGACUCAACAGACUUCUUUAAAUCUGGAGCAAGCUCAAUGGAUGUUGUCAGGCUGGUUGAAGAGAUCAGACAGAAAUGUGGUGGGCUUCAGUUACAGAAUGAAGAUGUCUAUAUGGCCACCAAGUUUGAAGACUUCAUCCAAAAAGUCGUGAGGAAACUCAGAGGAGAAGAUCAGGAAGAAGAGCUAGUAGUGGAUUAUGUUUCCAAGGAGGUCAAUGAAAUGACAGUAAAUAUGCCAUAUCAGUGUUUCAUAAAUGGACAGUUCACAGAUGCUGAAGAUGGAAAGACUUACGACACUAUCAACCCAACAGACGGCUCUACAAUAUGCAAAGUAUCCUAUGCUUCUUUGGUGGAUGUUGAUAAAGCAGUAGCAGCAGCCAAAGAUGCCUUUGAAAAUGGUGAAUGGGGAAGAAUGAAUGCAAGAGAAAGAGGAAGAUUGAUGUACAGACUUGCAGACCUACUGGAAGAGAACCAAGAAGAGCUGGCAACCAUUGAAGCCCUCGAUUCUGGCGCAGUCUACACCUUGGCUCUCAAGACUCACAUUGGAAUGUCUGUGCAAACAUUCAGAUAUUUUGCUGGCUGGUGCGACAAAAUUCAGGGUUCUACCAUCCCUAUCAACCAGGCCCGUCCAAAUCGCAACCUGACCUUCACCAAGAAGGAGCCACUUGGUGUCUGUGCCAUUAUCAUCCCCUGGAAUUACCCGCUGAUGAUGCUGGCGUGGAAGAGUGCCGCCUGUCUCGCAGCAGGCAACACCUUAGUGCUCAAGCCAGCGCAGGUCACGCCCUUGACUGCUUUGAAGUUUGCAGAGCUCUCUGUUAAGGCUGGCUUUCCCAAGGGGGUAAUCAACAUCAUUCCGGGCUCAGGUGGCGUGGCAGGACAACGCCUCUCUGAACAUCCUGACAUCCGCAAACUUGGUUUCACUGGUUCCACUCCUAUUGGCAAACAGAUCAUGAGGAGUGCUGCGAGCAACUUAAAGAAAGUUUCUCUUGAACUU